CAGAGAUUCUCAAUAGUUGAUCUUUAGGUGUUAGACCAAACACACUCAACAUGCUCCGCUGUAUAGAAAUGGGUGUUCUUUUGGCAAUAUUUUCUUUGGGACAAGGACAUAAUUUAUCUAGUUCGUUCAAUUUAACUCGCUACAGACAAAUGCCCCCUCUUUAUGAUCUCGAUGACUACGAUCUCUGCCUGGAUAAUCAUUCUGGGACUUACUGCUUGGUGUACGUCGAGAUUUUACCCAAUGCUAGUUCUGCUCUGUGGCACCAAAUUGACGAAGUUUCAAAGGACUCAAAGCACCGUUUUCGCCAUGAUCACGUCUUCAGGGGCGUGUGUCUGGAGAGCUGCAAGCAAAGUAUUAAUAACAUAUCUGAGUUCAGGGAGUACGAGAAAGAUGAAAUACUGGAUAAGGAACUUAUAUCCUACUACGACAAGGUACACCAUCGGCAAGAAACGAAUUCAGAAAGGGCUCUUCUCCAUAAAAAGGUUGUGAACAGCUGCCUAAACUAUAAGUUCGGUGAGAAGUUUUCGCUCAGGGUUCAAAACCUUAUCGAGUAUUGUGUCUCGUCCUCGGAUAAGGACUUUAAGCUGGAUUGGGUUGACUUUACGUUUUAUGGUAUUCUGGUCGUUAUCAUCCUUACAACUUUGUGUUCCUCUUUCCUUGACUACCGAAUGAGUCGAAUGAGCUCGCAAAAAUCAGAAAAUUUCUAUCGAAAGCCACCGAAGAGUCGUGGAAAACGACUCCUUACGUCCUUCUCAAUGGUACGAAACUAUCAUCGAUUGGUUGAGCCGUAUAACUCAGAUUUCUCGCGUGAUGUGAGCUUUUUUGACGGCUUUCGGGUGAUCGGCGUGUUUAUAGUGAUCUUGGGCCACACGCUUAUGGUCUACAUGACUGUUCCAAUAGAAAAUCCGGAGUUUUUUGAGCAGUUCCUUUUCAGGUUCGAGACGUCAAUAUUCCAGAACGGCAGCUUGGUCAUCCAGAUAUUUUUCGUUAUAAGUGGCUUUCUUCUCUACGUGAAAUUUACCAAACGUCAACUGAUUGAACCCAAGACCGGCACGUUUCAGUGCAUUGCUGUGUACUUCCGUGUGUUUUUCUACAGAUACUUUAGACUCCUGCCGUCGCUUCUAGCUCUCAUCCUGUUCAAUGGAACACUGCUGGUGCGCCUUCAAGACGGCCCCUUUUGGCUACAUCUUACGGAGGCCGAGCGGGUCUUCUGUCGGUCCAACUGGUGGAAGAACGUGUUCUUCGUGACAAACCAUAUGCUGGAAGACAGUUGCUCCCAUCAGACAUGGUACUUAGGAGCUGACAUGCAGCUAUUUGAGCUCUUUCUUAUAGUCAUUAUCAUAACCAAAAAACAUCCCAAGCUGACAAGGGGCAUCUACGCAACUCUUUUUGCACUUGCCUUUGCAGUGCCUGCUGUACUGACCUACGCUCUUCAGUUGGAUGGCAUCUACCAUAUUCGUCCGGAAACGUAUCGCUACUUGUACUUCCGACAUUCGGACACAUUCUACCAAAUGUAUCCCCCCUUUUACACAAAUUUGGGAGGCUAUCUUUUUGGUUUUCUGUGCGGUCACUUUUACCUCAGACAUCGUUCUGGAAAAGUAGAACUUUUGGGUCAUCUUAAGUACGGGCUCACCAUGUGGCUGCUUGUGCUGGCCACGUUGGGAGUCCUUUUCUCCGGCUACAUCUUCAUUCGACUGGACUUUGCAAAACCAUCGCUAUGGCUAGCCUUGUAUGCGGGCAUCCAUAAGAUCUUGUGGGUGGUUAUAUGCGCCGGAUUCGUGAUCCUUAUGAGCUGCAAGGUGGGAGGCAUGGCCUACGAUUUCUGCACAUUGCCGGUGUUUCGGCCGUUGGCAAGGAUCUCAUUUCAGUCUUUUCUCUGGCACAUUGUCGUCCUAAGGACAGCGGUGGGAUAUUUUAGACAGCCGGUCUACAUCUCCAGCUUUUACCUGAUGUGCAACGUGUUAAGCGUGUUUCUGCUCACCCAGCUCGUGGCUGCACUUUUCGCGGUGCUGCUUGAAUAUCCAUUUGUAGAGGUGCUGCGUUGCUUAAUAAAGCCGGUGAAAGGACAGGAGGAAAACGUCCCGGAAAUUCAAAUGAAACCCGCGCAGUCAGCUGUUUAGGGUUACCCUAUUCCGCGACAGGGAUGCACGCGGUUACCGACACACAAUGCUGCGAUGUUUUGGCGAUUUUUAUUUUUUUUACUUAAUUCCGACAUCCCUGCAGGUAUCCUAUUCUGUAUAUGCAAUAAAUGUCUGCGACUUAGAAGUGACUUAAAAAAAUGUAACACUAAAACAUCUCUGGAUGCAACUUAAA